UCGCUCGCGGUCGUCCGUGAGUCACAAACGGGUGGGGAGGAGAGUUCGGCGAUGUCGCUGCUGCCGGGCGCGCUCGAGGCUCGACAAGGACGCCAGUGUCUUCCGUAGGCCACGCCACGCCGCGUCGUAACGUAACGUAACGCCGUCGCGACGCCACGCGCUCCCGAGGACGGAGCCUCGCGCCACCCUCUCGCGUCUCGUCGCCGCGAGCAAACGGCGGUGGCGUUGAUCACAUCUCGCGUCCCCACGUCUCGAGCCCGAUGCGCUCCUCCUCGCGGGACCAUGGCAUCGGUGAAGGUGGCCGUGAGGGUUCGACCCUUCAACAAAAGAGAGGUGGCGAUGAACGAGAAGCUGAUCGUGCAGAUGAACGGCAAGAAGACGCGGAUCUUCAACACCAAGACACCGGAUAGCUGCAGAGAUAUCGACCGGGGGAAGUACAAAGACUUCACGUUCGAUCACUCCUACUGGUCCUUCGAUUCGAACGACGAGAACUAUGCGUCCCAGGAAGAGGUCUUCUACGAUCUCGGUACGGACGUAAUAGAAAGUGCCUUCGAGGGCUACAAUGCCUGCGUUUUUGCCUAUGGCCAGACAGGAUCCGGGAAGACCUUUACAAUGAUGGGCACGCCGGAAUCUCAGGGAUUGAUACCACGUAUUUGCAAGACGCUUUUCGCCAGAAUGGCAGCUGGAAAGGAAAGCGGGGCGUCGUACAGAACGGAAGUAUCUUUCCUGGAAAUCUAUAACGAAAGAGUGAGAGAUCUGCUUAGACUGGACCAAAGCCAAUCCCAUUCGCUGAGGGUACGGGAACACCCCACGGGAGGGCCGUACGUCCAAGAUCUAUCGUGUCAUCUCGUCUACGAUUAUUCGGACAUUCAGGAAUGCAUGGUGAGAGGUAAUACGCACAGGACUACAGCCAGCACAAAGAUGAACGACGUGAGUAGCAGGAGUCACGCGAUUUUUACGAUAACCUUCGUACAGGCCGGCCUCUCGGAAGGCAACAUGCCGUCGGAGACUGUUUCCAAGGUGCACCUUGUCGACUUGGCCGGAAGUGAACGGGCGAACGCGAGCGGAGCGACGGGUCAGCGACUGAAGGAAGGCGCGCAUAUCAACAAGUCGUUGGUGACUUUAGGCACUGUGAUAUCCACGCUCUCCGAGCUCAGUUCCGCAAGCGGUGACGCGUCCGUCUCGAAACGUAAUACGUUUAUCCCUUAUCGCGACAGCGUGCUCACGUGGCUGCUGAAAGAUUCGCUGGGGGGCAACUCCAAGACUAUCAUGAUAGCGACUAUCAGCCCGGCGGAAUGCAAUUACAACGACACCCUCAGUACUCUUAGAUAUGCCAAUCGCGCGAAGAACAUUAUCAAUAAGCCGACUAUCAACGAAGACGCGAACGUGAAACUCAUCAGGGAGCUCAGAGCGGAGAUAGAGAAGCUCAAGUCCCUCAUCGACAAAAACAUGAACGUGGAGAAACCACCGCAAGUGCUAUUGGCUCAAAUCCAAGAGAAGCAGGAGCAGGAGAAGGUACUGACCGAGGAAUGGACCGAGAAGUGGCGGGAGACGCAACAGAUUCUGCAAGAACAGAAAGCGCUGGGAUUACGAAAGAGCGGGGUCGGCGUUGUUCUCGACUCGGAAAUGCCGCAUCUAGUCGGCAUCGACGACGACCUGCUCAGUACCGGCGUUACGUUGUAUCAUUUGAAAGAGGGGAGAACGCUAGUCGGCACGGAGGACGCUCCCGUUGUCCAGGAUAUUGUGCUGACCGGCGCGGACGUGGAACCGGAACACUGCGUAGUCGAGCUGGAUAGUGGCGUGGCGACGCUGCAUCCGCUCUCGCCCCACUGCUGGAUCAAUACUGCCCAGGUGGACAAACCGACCAGACUGUCGCAAGGCUGCAUCAUUCUCCUGGGCAGGAACAACAUGUUCCGAUACAAUGAUCCGGCCGAGGCGGCGAAGCUGCGGAAGGAGGGCGGCUCGGGCAACGGCAAUCUGCAAUCGACGGUCGUCAAUCUGUCGAGGUUGUCGCUCCUGAGCUGGAGCGUCUCCGAUCUGCACGCGUCCUGCUCCAGCGAUAAUCUCCUGAACUCGAGCGAGGAUCUCAGAGCGGUCGAGGAGCUGGAACAGCAGAAGGCUGCGUUGCUGAAGGAGAAGGAAGACUUCAAGAGGGAACAAGAGGAGCGGGAGGAGAGGUGGACCGCCAGGAGGGAAGCGUUGGAAGGAGCCCAGCGCGAGCUGGAGCGCGAGUGGGGCGCGCAGUGGAAAGAGUGGGCGGACGCGAUCGCGGUCCUGGAGUCGCGUCAACGCGAGCUGCGCGCGCGCCGGCAUAUCCUGGAGCAAGAGCGGCGGGACGAAAUGACGCAAGUAGAAAGUAUAUGUAGGGAAGUCGCCUAUCUGCGCACAUUAUUGCAGUCCAAGCAUCGACAAUUGCAAGAGCUCGCCAACAGUCAGGAACGUGCGCAAACGUGUCAGCAUCGGUGGGAAAAGAGAGUGAGUGAAGCAGGAUGUGCUUUUCAGACGGACAACGGCGCCGGUAGUGACGACAGUCUGCCCGAAUCUUGGUCCAGUCUCAACGACGAAAAGUGCAUCGACAGCGUCCGACAAUUGGUGAAUCAUCACAAGAAAGAACUAGCCGCUUUGGAGAACGAGCUGCAGAGCAAGGUCAAGUCUCUGAACGAACAUCAGAGCAAGGUGGAUAAGAUGGAGGAGGAACUGAUGGAGAUCGCGAAGAAACAGAAGCAGAUAUUCCGGGCAGAACGGGACGGCGAUGGGGUGACGGAGAAGAAACUGCUGUUGGCAAAGCGGACGCAGGAGCAGCUCGAGGAGAUCGUACGGCGUAAACAGAGUCUGUCGUUGGACUUGAAGCGCGCCACGCCCGCCUUCCCGGACGACAGUUGUUCGUCGAACGGCUGCGACGAGACGGCUUUCAGCUGCAACUCGAGAUCCUUCCAGGAUGCGAACAACAGGAAACAUCGGAUCGCCGCGGACCUGAAUCUGCUGCCGCUGAGUAUACCGAGCUCCGACACCGCGGAGACAUUCCACACGGCAGCGGCCGACUCUCCGGAACUUCGCAUCAUCUUCGAGAAUGCCGACACGAUGUGUAUAAGCGACCUGACGAAGAACGUGUCAUCACAAGACGUUGGCCACGAUGAUGGAAACGCAUCCGAGGAGACGAAAAACACGACGAAUGCGAACAGAGCCGCUGCCGUGGAGCUGGCGGGCGACGAGGAGAGGCAGGCGCAACCGCCCGUGAUGCCCGACAUCCCGGAAAACAUGCUCCAGGACACGCUAGACUCGCCGAUACAGCAGAAUCCGGCGAUGAAGAAGCUGAACCAAAGAAUCGCACGUCAACGCGUGAUGGUGAUGAGAUGCUUGGACGCCGGUACCCCGUCGAAGGACGAUCUCAAUCGGCAGAUAAUGAUACUGCAGGAUCUGCAGAGACAGCAGAUCGAGCUGGAAGUGUCUUUGUUGGAGGACGAACGGAAAACUUAUUCUACGAAGCGACUCCAGUGCGGCGGCGACGACGACGGGCUCGUCGACAACGAGGCCGCGAACCACGUACAGAACGAACCAAAUGCUUACUGUAGUGUUGUAGAACCUACGAAUAAUAGCUCCGCCAUUCUAUUAACGGUAGCGCAAACCAGAUCUCAACUUUUCAGGAAUAACAGGCCUAACGCUAACGAUCAAGAGACUUUGUCGGAAUCGUUAGCGUCUAAAAGAUCCUCCGGUCGGGGUUACUCGACAGUUUACUUGACGAGUCAGAAUCGCGGCGAUCGCUUGAGCAGUCCGUACUCCUUGACAAUCACGAGAUCCCUGCCGUCGUUGAUAGCAAAUGACGGCGACUGCGUGAUCAAUAUGAUUGUCAGCGUGCCGUCGUAUGUGAUACGCGGAGCCGGCGCGUCCAGCCACUACGAGUACGAGGUGCGAGUUGUGGCGCAGGACGACAGCUGGACGCUGCUACGUAGAUACAGGAGGUUCCGGGAGUUGUAUACGUCGAUGCGACAGAAGUACGGUAGCAAGGUCGCGGCGCUACGCUUUCCCCCACGCCAAGUCUUUCCGAAGUACGAGGUCGUCGCGAGACAACGCCGGAAACGCCUCGAGGAGUAUCUUCGCCGAUUGAUUCAAGUUUGCUCGGAACUGCCGCACUGCGAGCCCCUAUACAAAUACAACGGCAAUCUUAGCAACAUAAACAAACAAUCCCUGCUGGAGUUCAGCCCGUUUUUCCGCCGCGGUAUGUUCGAGAGCGGCAAGUACGGAACUAGCUAAGGUACUACCGUGCGACCCUCACCCUUCCGAAAUGCCGACGAAUGGGCGAGAGAAUUGAAUAAGCGAACACGCGACAGAUGUUUAUAAUUCCUCGUAUUUUUUUCAUUUUCUUUUCUAUUUAAUAAAAAUGUGGUAGCUAUAGCUAAAGAGAGAUGUCGCGCGAAUUGAGUGGCAACGGCGUUCACACAGAAUGAGUCCCGUAACAUUUGUCGCAUACAUUUCUUGAAUCACAUAUCGGUCCUGCGAAAAAUUAUAUAAGGAUAAAAACUGAAGUGUUUCGUGACUUAUCGAUACCCUCGAUAAGGGUAUUACGAAUCGUUGGUCGGUUCAGCCGGAUUGCAAAUGUUAAGCGACUCGUCCUGCUUUGUAGUCGUUACAAAGGUAUAUGCUUCCAGAAGCUUAGCGAUCGUAAGACUGUUCUGUAGAAAAUGAGCGUUCCUCACUGAUGACCGUGUCUCGCGGGCAAAUCCGCGUAGAGACAUUAACGGGAAAGCAACGUGAUAUAUUCUUUAUGAGAGAGCAAAGACCGCGGUCGGCGAGGCGAAACAUAUCGCGUCACAGCGACUUAUUUUUUCCUUUACAGAUAUUUUCCUAAUGUCCCUCUCCAAUAGAAUCGCCCAGUAGAAUUCACGAAGUGUACCUUCCUUCGAUAUAGUCAAAUCAUGUAGCGGAUAUUGUAAUUCUGGUUACGUUUAACUAGCGCGAAAGUCACUGUAAAUUGGCAGGAGCGAAUUCGUCAGCAACGGUGACUUCGCGUAGUCUACUCGAUAGCCGAAGAGUAUUUAUUUUGCGUCGAAUAGCGUUUUGUAUGCGCGACCCGAAGUAGCGAAUCGACUAGCGAAUUGAAAGAAUUUCCCGUUAGCGUAAUAGUUGCCGGCUUGUAAACGUAGCAGUGUGUUACAAGCGAGGAAGAUAUCAUAUCUCUGUUAAAGCUCUUCCGUUUCCGGGAUCUAUCUCUGGCUAUUAAUAAAGCUCUUACCACUACUUCAGGCACGUGUUCUGGAGAUCCGAAUAAGAAAUUUAUACAAACGCGUGUCCAGAAACGUUCCUUGCCGCGAGUCCCUUAAAGAUUUCUAAACAAAAAAUCUGCUAUCGCAUGUUUUCUGAACUUAAGGAUGUAUUACGUAUACCUUCCCAGCAAAAAAUACAGUAAUUUUAGUUAAAUUUUAGUUAAAAAUUCAAUAUAUAUCGGUUGUGUGCAUACUUUAACGGCUGGCUAUUAUUGAAUAUUAUAACAAAGAUGUUAAUUUUACUGAUUUAAAUAACUUCAACCUCUUUUUAUAAUUAUUGACAGCGUAUUUAUAAAUAUUCUUAAUAGCGGUUAAAAACUUUUGGCUGGCCAUGAAUCCAACUGCUAAAAACAAAAAUCUGACAUAUAUAAUCUGCAUAUAGACAGAAAAAUGUUUCAUAACCUGUCAAUCUCCAAACAAUAUGUUGUUUAAAAUCGGAAUAUAAGACAUUUUACAGAUAUCAUUAAGACAUCUUGUACAUGUAACAUCAUAAGACGUCUUAUAAAAGGUACCCUAUAUUUCUAUUUUGGACAGCGUGUUGUCUGGAACGCACAUAAAAUUUGAAAAAAUUAAUAACUUGAAAACGAAUCAGUCAAUUGAUCCAAAAUUUAUCACAGGUUUUCAUGGUAUAUAAAUGCACAACUUCUGUAAAAAUUUCAGCUUUUUCCCUCUAUUUUAACUUAAGUAACAUACAUCCUUAAAGCUCGAAGAAAGUGAAAAUGUGCAAAAAUAUAAUAUUCUUUGAGCUUUAUUCUCCAACUUUUUGAUCAUUUUGAAUUUUUUUUGAAGAAGAUUCAAAAUUUAAAUAGAAAUAAAAUUUCUUUCACGUGAUUGCUAUUUCCGGGGAAAAUUUUUUUUCUAAUAUCUUUAAAGGACUGUAACUUGGUGAGAGUUUCUAGGACAUGUAUUUCUGUGCACUUUUUUUUCGUACUGUGGCCUUUAAGUAUCCGAAGUAGCGGUAAAGUGUUUAUUAAUAGCCUUUGUCUGCCUGCCCGUCUGUGUAUAUGUGUGAGUGUGCGCGCGCGCGCGUGUGUGUGUGUGUGUGCAUAAAUGUGUAUAGUGCGAGGGAAUUAACAGACCACUGUUAAAGUUGGAGUUGUUACGCAGAUGUUAGCAUUUAUUUGAAUAUUGAUACUAAACCAAAGUUGAUCAAUGAUAAGUAUCGAUUUUGGCAAGUAUCACCGCAUUGCUAUGGAUAAUAAUUGAUCAGAUCGAUCAGAUCGCUGUACGAUAAAAGUAUUAAAAUUUAUCAAAAAAAAAAGCUUCUUAUUGGCGUGCAAGGAACCUUGGAAUAACGUAAAACUGCUUGUUCGUUACAUAGUCAGGACAUUUCGCGUUGCAUUCUUACUAAAUGUUUGGAGGUGCGAAAGGGAGAGAUAACACUUGCAGCUUCGAGAAAACGCUGUUAUAUUUAGUACGUUAAAAUAAAAUCUAUAUAAAAAAAAGAAUGCUAAGCGCCACACGUACGAUAAAUAUGCUUUUCAGUAGUACGAGGGGGAGGAAAAAAAAAGGUAUUUAUUCCACGGCUGUGUGUAGCCCGGACUCGAGAAACCCCCGCAGAUUCAUCCUGGCUGAUAACUGAUAAUUAGCGAUAGCAAAACCCGGCGCUCUAGAGCAACGACACCAUUCAGUGGUGCGUGACUGCGAACACUAAUCGAGACGUGUAUUACGAGGCAGUUAUUACUUACUUCGAAACGGACAUUACCUCGCGUUUCAUACGAUUCACCAUCGUUAUCCGCUUUUUUUAUACACGAAUCUACGAGACCUAUACAUGUUCCAUAAGUGUAACAAUGGAGUACAAUAAAUUGUUAUAAUGCAGCGCA